AUGGCACGUCGUCGCCGCAACAUACCCCAACAAUCAACUACUUCAGCAAAACAAUUGCAUGAGGUUGAUGAUCAGAUCGCUUCGAUAACUCAAUUAUGGACGUUAUCCAGAGCAACUCUAUUGCUAUUAACGCCAAUUCUGGCUUCGACCAUUCUUCAAGUCGCUCCGAAAUAUGUCGAGCCAAUUUAUGGGAACGUGUUCUCCACAUUAUACUUUCCAGAGAUGUCAAUAGGAUGUCUAGUAGGAGGGGGAGUUUUGGGUGUCCUAUUUGCAGUGCAAGCACAGAAGAAAGCAACAAUGAAUAGAAUAUUGGCCGAGGCAGUUAUAACUGCCGUUGAUAGAUGUGGUGUUGUAUUCGCCGCUGCUCCGAUUUUGACGAGAAUCCUUUUUAAUCAGAGUGGGCUACUGGGACCAUACAUUGGUCCUCAAUUCACGCAAUCAUUUCUGGGUUAUCCUGUAAUGUUUCUAUUAGGAUUCGUUAAUGCCAUCGUAUGUGCAAGAAGAAGUAUAGAGAUCAGAACUAUUCCAACUGUAAGAUGGAUAUCUUACGUUGCCAUAUAUACGAUUGCUAUAGUUACUCUAACAUAUGUCUUGUAUAAUGUUACAGCAAUGGGUAAAAAUUGCCAAAGAUUGUAUUUAUCGGGAAUCCUCCUUGGUGUAAUUGGUGGGUUAUUUAAGAGUCUCUUGGCAUUAUAUGGGGAAGUUACAUUACUUGACGACUCUGGACAGAGAAAAAGGAUACACUUAAGCGCUCAAACGUGUAUGCAGAAUAUUGGUUUGAAGAUGUUUCCACAAGUUCUUAUCAUAUUACUUACUCUGUAUAACGUCAGAUUUAAUCCUCAAUGUCACAAUGGAUUGAUUCAAGAUGUUACAGUUGAAAAGAGCACAUACAGCAUUAUAGCACGUAAAGAAUCCAUAACAGGGUGGAUAGAUACAGUAGAUGUAUUUCGGGAAACACCUCGGUUGGAGUUACGGCUAAUGCGUGCCGGUCAUUCAUUUAUUGGUGGUGUAUAUAAAGAAUCCUGGGAUUCAGUAUAUGGGUCAUUUUACUUUAUGGAAGCUCUACGUCUAGUUAAAAACCGAGCACUUGAAGGGAACCCAACAGCCCUCCAGAUGUAUGUGAACGCAAACAUUACUCUCGAUAUAGUGGAACUGGACCCAAUUGUUUACGACUAUGCAAUAAACUAUUUCAAACUUGAAAAGAAACAUAACAUUUAUAUACAAGAUGGAAGAAGAUUCAUAGAGAAUGCACCACCGAGAAAGUAUGAUUAUGUGUUACAUGACGUAUUUACUGGAGGGUCAGUUCCAUCCUCAUUAUUCUCAACAAAGGCUCUCGAACAAAUCAAAAGGAUUAUGAAAGAUGAUGGCGUCUUAGCAUUGAAUUUUGUAGGAUCUCAGCUUUGGCCUUAUGCAGAAGCUCUUGCUCUUGUUUAUAAUACUAUCAAGACUACUUUUCCCUAUGUGAAAUGUGUUAAUGAGGGAUGGCAAGAAGCAGGAACAUUUACAAAUAUGGUAUUCUUUGCUUCAAGUAAACCAAUACGUUUUCGAGAUGCAAAUGAAACAGAUUUCUUCGGUAGCACUAUGAGAGAAUACAUAUUGAAUAACUUUCAGUCAUGGUUUAUUCAACUUGAUAAAUUUUCUAAUGUUACAGGCAUCAUUACUGAAGAUAAUAAUCCAUUAGAUAAAUUACAAUUGACGACUGCUCUUGAACAUUGGAAAGCUAUGCGCUCAUCGUUUCCACUAGAGUUUUGGAUAAAUUAUUGA